UCUCCUCCUACAUGUCCCAGUUGAACCUCCAUUCCUUCCUUCUUCUCCCACUAUAUAUACCCCAUAUCUCACUCCCCACUCUCCCCAACUCUCUCUUUCUCACUCUUUACAUAGCCCACAACACCAACACCAACACUCUUAAUUUCCAUUUCCUUGUACCAAAACAAACACAGCUUCACAACAACAACCAGAAAAUAGAGAACCACUCAACACCAUGGCAUCAUCCGCAGCAACAAACAGUUGGAUUAACACCACACUCCCUUCAUCAUGCUCUUCCCCCUUCAAAGACUUAAACUCCACUUCUUCUCCCACAACCUCAAUCACCUUGAAAAAACGCUCCUCCCCCAACACCAUCACGUGCUCCCUCCAAACACUCCCCUUUCCCAAACAGUACCAACCACCCUCCACCACCACCACCACAACCAAAACCCAUCAACCUCUCUCUCCACCCUCCGACACCAAACCAUUACCCCAAAGGUGGAACCUUUUGCAACAAGCCGCAUCCACGGCCUUAGACUUAGUCGAAACGGCCUUAGUCUCCCACGAACGCCAACACCCACUUCCCAAAACCGCCGACCCAAGAGUCCAAAUCGCCGGCAAUUUCGCUCCAGUGCCGGAGCAACCUGUCCACUACUCCCUCCCGGUGACCGGAAAAAUCCCCAAAUGCAUUGAAGGCGUCUACGUCCGCAACGGCGCCAACCCACUUUACGAACCGGUAGCCGGUCAUCACUUCUUUGACGGUGACGGCAUGGUCCACGCCGUUAAAUUCAAAGACGGUUCCGCCAGCUACGCGUGCCGCUUCACCGAAACCCAACGGCUGGUCCAAGAAAAAGCCCUGGGGCGACCCGUUUUCCCCAAAGCCAUCGGCGAACUCCACGGGCACUCCGGCAUCGCUCGCCUCCUCUUGUUCUACGCGCGUAGCCUCUUCGGCCUCCUCGACGGAACUCACGGCAUGGGCGUCGCUAACGCUGGCCUCGUCUACUUCAACAACCACCUCUUAGCCAUGUCUGAAGACGAUUUACCUUACCACAUCCACGUCACCACGAACGGAGACUUAACCACCGUUGGGCGUUACGACUUUAACGGCCAAUUGAAAAACACAAUGAUCGCACACCCCAAAGUCGACCCUGUUGACGGCGAUCUCUACGCUCUCAGCUACGACGUGGUUCAAAAGCCUUACCUUAAGUACUUCCGUUUCUCCAGUGACGGCGUUAAAUCCCCCGACGUGGAAAUCCCCCUUAAAGAACCCACCAUGAUGCACGAUUUCGCCAUAACGGAGAAUUUGGUCGUUAUCCCCGACCAACAGGUGGUGUUUAAAUUGAGCGAAAUGAUAAGAGGAGGUUCACCCGUUGUUUACGACAAAGAGAAAGUUUCGCGGUUCGGGAUUUUGGAGAAGAAUGCGCGUGACGCGAGUGCAAUUAAGUGGAUCGACGCGCCGGAGUGUUUUUGCUUCCAUCUCUGGAACGCGUGGGAGGAGCCUGAGACCAACGAAGUUGUUGUGAUUGGGUCUUGCAUGACCCCUGCUGACUCCAUUUUCAACGAAUGUGAAGAGAGUUUGAAGAGUGUGUUGUCGGAGAUAAGGCUUAACUUGAAGACCGGCGAGUCCACUCGGAGGCCCAUUAUCGACGAGGCCCAACAGGUCAACUUGGAGGCUGGCAUGGUCAACCGAAACAAGCUAGGCAGAAAGACGCAGUUCGCGUACUUGGCUCUUGCCGAGCCCUGGCCCAAAGUCUCGGGCUUUGCCAAAGUUGAUUUGUUCAGUGGUGAAGUCAAGAAGUAUUUGUAUGGAGAAGAGAGGUUCGGUGGAGAGCCUCUGUUUCUUCCCAGGGACAUCAAUUCAGAGAGGGAAGAUGAUGGCUAUAUUCUGGCAUUCGUCCAUGAUGAGAAGGAAUGGAAAUCGGAGUUGCAGAUUGUGAAUGCCAUGAACUUGAAGCUUGAAGCUUCUAUUAAGCUUCCCUCGCGGGUUCCUUACGGCUUCCAUGGAACUUUUAUUCCCUCCAAGGAGUUGAGGAAGCAAGCUUGAUUGGUGGGGUGGGUUGUGAGGAGAGGUUUAUCUGAGGGAUGAUUGCAGAUAUGUCCCCGGAAUCUACUCCUCUGUCAUAUUGUUUACAGAAAAGCAGAUUUUUUUUUUCUGCAUUUUUAUUUUUAUUUUU